UCUAUUUCUUACUCGCAGUAAAAUAUUUUUACCUCAUGAUUAUCUCUGGCUCUGGUAGUACUUACGUCGUAUCUCAUCAAGAAAAUGCCGGCGUCCAAAUCCUUUCAGGAAUACAGUCGUCAAAAGGCGGAGGAAGACUGGCAACGGAAGGUCGACAAGCGUAAGAAGGAGCUCAGCAACGACGAGAGAAUACAGACGGCUACAGAAUACAAAAAGAUUGGCGCAGACAAAUUCAAGUCGGGAAACAUCAGCGAAGCGAUAGAGUAACAAUGCUUAUGCUGCUACGUAGUGUACUUAAUUGUCGUAUCUUCACGAUCACGGGACGCUCGGCUGGAUGACAAAGAAUCUUGAUCUUCAAAGUUCUUCCUUGACAAAUGAAAUGAGUCCUGCGGAAAGGAAACUACAGAUUCAGAGUUCUUUGACCCAUUUUUUCUCGAGAAAACACUUUUCAGAUAGUUUUCGAACAAAAUUGAUAUUCUUCUUUAUCGUGCUUCACACUACUUUCACAAUCAUCAUGAUGUGUGUCUCAGGUACUAUCGCGAAGCGUACUGCUACGUGCAUGACCUAGUCGAUGCCAGACGCCGAGAACGCGUGAAACUUACGGUGCCGCUUCUCCUGAAUUUGGCACUGUGUUACGAAAAACAAGGCGACAAGGUAGUACAGGAACUCGAAAGAGAAAAGGUUAAGUUCGACCCAGCCCAAUUUGGCGUACAGUACAAGUCUGCUCCGACCAACAAUGAGGACGAGGAGGAAGAAGAUGAAGGUAUGAGAGGCUCGCGGCAGAUACUCACAAUAGCCACAGAUUCUGUUUGUCCUUACUUCGUUCGAUCUAUCAUCAUGCGGGACCGACGCAAGCGCUAUUCCAAGGACUCUCGUAGUACUACCAUCAUUUACUCACGCUUCAAUAUACUGUCGCUCUUCCCUUGUGAUGCUUUGGUACGUUUUCCUCAAACUCGAAAUACUAUAUUUAUUUGUUUGGAUUCGAAAGUUUUCAUUUGCUUUCCGCUGCCUGCGAUCGCUCGGCCAAUGAACUCGCUGCCGUUGAACGCUUCCCAAGAAGGGCGUCAGAAAGACGCGGUUGCCCUGUAUGAGAAGAUGCGUCACGAUGCUCGUGAGGCCGUAAGAAUUGCGGAUAUACCUCGGAACGAAGUCGAGGCCACUUUUGUGCUGAAAUCGCGCCUCCGACUAGCAGUUGCUGGUGAAAAGCUGCGCGACUGGGAGCUUGCCGCCAGAGAACUCAAGAAAAUUCUGCAGGAACAGCAAUUGCUGCAAGAAAAGGUGUAUGACACCAGGGGAUGAAGAAAUAUUAAAUUGACUUUGGCAGUUGUAGAUGAUAACGAUCUCGAUCAGUAAAGGAUUCAUUAUUUACGGUUAGUCUAACAGAUUAUGAUAAUUCAGAUACAAUUUAAUUGGAAGAACAGAAAAGAGUCUACAAAUGGCGGUUACGAUGAUGAGUGAGUGUCUUAUCAUUCUUCCAAGAAGCUGUUGUUUUUCCGCCUCCUCAUACAUGGGGCUCCUAUGAAUUUAGACGAGUGAAUGUGAAAGAAAAAUACAGCGGCACACUACUAGAGCAAAUAUAUAAUUUCAAUAAUAUCAGAAUUACGGAAUGGGAAAACACGACAACCUUCAAGCUAGUAUCCUCUAGGCAUUUGUAUUUUUUAGUUGUGUGUCUAGACAUCGUUCAAAAGUUGCUGCCUUCAAAAUCGAAAAACGGCGGACGGAGUCGAUCUCUCAAAGGUCGAGGCAGCUCAGCGUGCCUUUGUUGAGGAUGCCCUGACCCGCUGGCCACGCGUCUCUGCUGCCCUCGAAUCUCAACGCGCUUCUGCAGCAGUUCCGCGUGGCUUCUUGAAUAAGAAGAAGAAGGUGACGCAAGACCAUGUGGAUGCACAUCAAGCAAGACCAAAUAAUACAGAGGGAAAAGACACUGACCACCCAAGCAAGAAAAAGCUCAAUGACGAGCGGGAACAUCAACAAGAAGGAGACCAAGUGAAAGACCACAAAAAGGAUCAAGGCAGCGACGAUGAUCCUGAGGCAGAGGCUGCGAGGAAAGCUUUCAGUUCUCAAGUUUUCGAGAAGCUAGCCAAGUCGAAAGGCAACAAGAUGCUGUACGAAGAGCGGGACCGCGCCAUGGAGCCCGCUAGGGAGAAGAUUGCGCACGACAACAAAGUUCUUGAUCUAGAACGCGAACUCAUGAUUAUGCUUGUUCAUCUUGUUGGCUAGUCCUAGUAGCACGAGGACUAGCAUCUUCUAUUGAAAAUAUAUCCAUGAAGAAGAUGAUUGCACUUUAUGUAUGAGAAUCAUCCGAGAUAAGCAGGCCCUGGUGCUAGAAGUACGUAGGAAAGUCCUUGUGACGGCAAAAAUCAAGUAUAAUUGAAAUUGUGAUCAUUACAGACGCGAAAGUCACAGCUGGCAGGACGAUUCGCCUCUAAUGACGAUAUCGUAGUCGAAAAGGACUCCGAAAAGGCAGCUACGCUGGAGGAGUAUCAAAAGCACCGGGAAGCAAGGUUUGAGACGCAAGAGGAGCAGUUGGGCUACAAAAAGAAAGUGCUGGACAAAAUUGAAGCUGAGAAGAAAAUCGCCGAGGAAACAGCGUGGGCGCAGCGUCUCGAAAAGCAGAAACGUACGAGGGAACAGCAGAAAUUAUGGACAAUGAUAAUGUGAAUCAAUUGUUUUUUUACUUUGACUCGUACUCCGAAAAUCUCCUGGUUCAAAUUGGCAAACUGAUGUUGAAAGGAGGUAGUCCUAGUUUCUAAUCCCCGCUUCAGUCAGGUUGCGAACAGGAAACACGGCUGCUGGGUCGCAAACGAUUCAUCAACCGUUGACUGCUGGUGAUGACGGCGACAACGACCUGCACGUUGAAGAAAUAGACGCCUCGACUGGACAGCCGCUGGCGCAUGAUAAGCUCCAGCCUGCAAAUGCGCCUCCUCCAACCAGCAACUUCGGACACCAAAGCAUGGAAUGUGAGCGCCUACUCAAGCAUCGCUUAAAAGAGAUACUUCUCGGCGUAGCACUAGAAAGCGAUGAUGACCUCCCACAGAAGAGCGUCUAUGAAACGAUUGGCAAGAUGAAUGUGGUCGAUGAGGGAGAGGGCAGCUAUUGCCUAAAGGGACUCAUCGCGAACGUCGAAGUAGAAGGCGAUUGCGGUGUUUUCCGCACGAAGUCUUACCAUGUAUGGCCGAAUCAAGGUUGUGGUUGUAGAGGAAUCGUUUCACUGAGAAGUAGAACACAGGAGUUGUAGUUUCUUUUUUCCACCUGUACAAGAUGAACACAUUCAUAGAUUCUUCUUUCUUCCAUCCCAUCGAAGAUCCUCCCUUUCAUCCCUCCUUCUUCAUACUGGGCUGAAGCCUUCCACUACUGGGAUUUCAAGCUGGAAAUCGAUUGGGAAGUAUGCGUAGCGAGACGAGGCGCCAAAAGCUACCGGCAUGCCGAAGAUAUCAUGAAAGAGGUCGCGAAAUUAUGAAAUUCAUAGCGAAAUCUUUUGAACCUCCUCCUGUUCCCAAAAAAAAGUGCGACGAUACAGAAACUUGUAUUAAGUGAUUUCAUGUAUGGUAAGGCAUUAUUUGUUGUACUUAUACACCUACUCGUUAAAAGAUUUAAUUUCAGUUUCUACUUGAAAAUCUGUCUCUCUUUCUUUCUAAUGAAUGGUUACCGUGAACCUGUCUCUGAGGCGAACUCGAAAACUGGCGCCGGGCAUUGCGAUGCUCCACCUACAAUUGCGAAGAACGCGCUUACGUGGGGUCGGUUUUCGAUACUCGAUUUUAGCAGUGACGAAAAAGGAGAGUACUUCUAAAAUCAAAUAAAUGCAACUACAACAACGAACAACAAGAACUUCAACUUUUUUUCUGUCAAGAACGAACGAAGUGUGUGCCGUCUUGCGUAAGGUUCUUGAACUAUUUCUUAGCACCUUCUCGGCGCCGUCGAGGAGCAACAUCUAGAGGGACAAAACGCUACUUCGCGUCACCACUUUCUCAGGUACGACCAAGAAGCGCUUCAGUUUUCGAACCUCACGGAGCACAAAUGCGAACGUGGCGGGAAGUUGACACGUUGGAGCGAAGAUCUUGCGACUGACCUUGGUCAAGUGGUCCGCAAGCGCCUGACCCGAUUCGUAACUGAAUUCAGAAACAUGGAUGUCGAGUAGCAGGAAAUAUAAUCAACUUCUUCCAGACCUCAUCGACUUCUUAGUCUUACAGAUUUUCAUUUUUAUUAACAAAGUAGUUUGUUAGGAAUCAAUAGGCAGGGUCUGCCCGCAUAAAGGAUAAAGAAUGCGAAAAAUGAGCAUGAAAGCGUUUCUCCGGGUUUUGGACAUUUCAAAGACCGAAAAAACGUGAUGAAAAGUGCUGCAUGCCUUUUACUUGUUGAUGAUGCACCAACACGUGCGACAGCGACUCUGAAUCUAAGUAGAUAUUGAUAUAUCUCCUCUUCAU